GGCCGGAGUGGGUUCGAAUAAAGACAUGGGAACCAAAAAAACGUUGGUGUGAUUCCUUACCCUUGGAGUUGUGUGAAAAGUGCCUAUAAUUAUUGUGAAUGGUUCGUUAAGUGUUACGGAAUCCUGCUGGAAGAAGAACAAAGGGUGAAGUCCAACAGGUGCCUCGCGGCGAACAGAUAUGCAUGAAAAUAGUAGCGCGGUUUCUCAUCCGCCUUGGUCCAUCCAGCACAAGCAUCGAAAGGUGCAGUGCCAUAUCGAUAAUUCUCGUGACUUGGGGUAGUCCAUCUUCAAAUCAGUCAACCCGGGAUUGUCCGAAGACUCUCCCCGUAUCACCUGAUUCAUUUCGUCGGUGUUGCUCCAAGGAACGUUCAGGACACACUCAAGUUGUCAGAGAGUACCUUUUUUUCUUCUUUUGGCAUCUUUGUUGGAGGAGUUUAGCAGGACGACGCGCAAGCACGUUGCGGAUUCAGCCAUUACGAGUCAGCAACCUGUUAUCAGCGCUGGGAAAUCCUAACUCACCGACAACAGCCCUACUAGCACGCGGCAACUUGUAGAGCAGGGCCUUUUGCCUCUUCCGCUCCAGAUGUUGGCAGGAAGACGACACAGGUUCUGGUUCUGCAGAUCAUAAAUUCUAAAUGCGGGGACCGUGGAGUCUUUCCCAGGCGGUCAAUUCUUUCGGCUCUAGACAGGACCAGUGGAAGAAGCUUGCACAGGGGCGUGGUGUGCGUGAUUUUGGGCGUGUUCUGUUUUGGUGGGUUUUUGGUUUAGAGUGGAAGUUAACCCUCAAGAAUUCGGCAAACAAACUUCAGGAACAUAUUCCUCGAAUCCCAGUGUUCCGGUCCUGUGUUGCAGUCCAGUUUGAAAAGACAUCUGCUGCAAUCUGGUCUCGUACAUUGAAUUCUACAACAUCUAUUAACUUCGACACCAAGAGUUUAAGACUCUAGUCGGUCAUUGUGAAGAAUGUAAUUGUUAUAUUCAACAAAGACUUCUGUACUAUGACUCGAUCUUCCCGGUCUUGGAGGGGAUAAGCUAUAGCUGAACUAAGGAGGAUUUCAAGCGCCUGAGAGAUGGAUUACAAGCCUUCGAAACCAGGAAUACGGUCCACCCCGAUGAGUAGUAAAGAUCCACCCAGAACCAUAGCAGGGGGUUCGAAGAGCGGCAGAGUUGCAGCAACACCGCUGGAGAGACUCGGGAAAGAUUACGCAGAUAGCACUGGGGUUGCGUUGAAACGUAGUUGUGAUCAAAUGAAGAGUACAGGAACGGAGCCACCGAAGACAAGUAAAGAGUACAUAAAAUCAAAGUCUCUGGUGCCAAUUCCUCAUCUAAAAGCCAAGGUCAGUGCAGACAGGAACCCAUCAACUGAGAACGUAGGUAGAACUCAAGCAACCGGUGAGAAAGUGCGACCUAAAUCGAAACACGAUGUAGAAAGGGAUAGUCUCAAGAGAACCCAAGACGUAAAGACGCAGCACAAGAUCAAAGAUGCCAGAGAGAAGCGCACAUAUAACGAGGGCUUCCAAAAGAUUCAAGUCUUAGGUAUCGAAGACACAAAGAUGAGGAAUGAAAAACCAAGAGAGCCAUUAAAGCCUAAGACUGUUGAACGACACAGUGAUGGAACGAGAGUUUUGACGGGAUUUGAAAGCGAGAAGACCGUGAAGAAGGAUAGUGCAAGUGGCAAGGUGUGGUCGGAAGGGAAGACUGCGGUGAGGCCAGCACAAUUGGAAGACACAAAGAAAAACAAGGUCUCAAGUAACAGGAAGCGACCUGCGGAAAGUGGCAAAGAUGUGCAAAUGAGGACUGCCACAAAGAUUGCAGAGCCGGUAAGAAUUCAUGCUGCAAAAGCUCCGAAGGCUGUCAAGUUGGUUACCACAUCCGCCAUCAAAAAAAAGCAGGAGAAACACAUGAAGAAAGCAUUCUCUCUACCGGGUCAAAGAUUUGAAACCCCGGAGGAGAGAGACGCAUUGAGAUUGUUUUAUGAAUCGCUCCACAGGCAGAUACCCACAAGUGACAUGGCUAAUAUCUGGUUGAUGGAACACGGGCUACUCGAAGCGGAUGAAGCUCAGAAGGUCUUGACCCACAAGCUGAAAUCCAAAGGCAGUUUGCCGCACAAAGCCUCACUGCAACAAGCACCAACACAGUCAAGAUUUUCCAAUGGAAAUGCUGGGAAGAUAGCAAAGUUUAGGAAUGAGGAUUUUCUCAACAUAAAGCCAGUCUCAAAGAAGCUCAAGCUUUGAGCAACUACAUCUUGUUGUUCAGGUUGGUGAUUUGUGUUGUUGCAGGAUGCAUGCAGCUUUGUAUGGUAUUCUUACUACAAGAUGCUGGUGAUAGUUUGGCAAUUGAGCAUUGAGCCCUUUUCCACUUGAUUCAUGUUGCAAAAACUAUUUUAUGAGCGUUAUAAUUAAUAUAACAUUAUAUGUCAA